AUGCACAAAACAAUCCUUCUCGUCUUUGUGCACGGCUUUAAGGGAGACGAUGUCACUUUCGGAGACUUCCCUGAGCAUUUCCGAACUAUGUUGAGUAACAAAUACCCUCACGUCACGGUCGCAAAGGCUGUUUACCCCAAGUACGAGACCCGUGGUAGCCUGAAUGAAUGUGUGGGCAAGCUCCGUGAAUGGCUCCAAGAUAAGGUGAUCGACAUUGAGGUUGCUAAUGAGAACCAUUCUCCGACCAUUGACUCAUCUGUUUAUGUUAUUCUUGUUGGACACUCCAUGGGUGGGAUUGUGGGCGCCGACUUGCUUAUUCAACUGGCCAAUGAGAAGCCUGUCACGGGCAAAUUACCUGAUGGAAUGAAACCUGCCAACACCAUGUUCCCGAAGAUCAAAGGUUUAAUUGCCUUUGACACCCCUUUUUUGGGGAUCUCUCCUGGUGUUCUCUCAUACAGUGCAGAAGGCCAUUACCAAACUGCUUCCUCAACCUAUAAUACCAUCUCCGGAGUUGCGAAUCGCCUUGGCCUUGGAAGCAGCAGCAGCAAGCCGAAAAACCCAGCCGCUGACGACCCAACAUCUGACAAUGCCGCUGUAUCUGGCUGGGGGAAGAUGGGCAAAUACGCCAUGUAUGCUGGAGCUUUGGGAACUGUCGCAGCUGCUGGUGCGGCAGCCUAUGCUAACCGCCAGAACAUCACCGAAAGCCUCGGCUGGGCAUCCUCUCAUCUCGAAUUUGUCGGCUGUUUAACCCAGCCACGAGUCCUUGAAAAGCGACUCAACGACUUGGCUGACCUGCCCGAGAGAAAAAUCGGAAGCGUCAAUUUCUUCACUUGCCUGGGUACUGGCGCCAAAGAGCUAGUCACAGAUUCGGACGCCAACCAGUCGCCCUUCGCCCGGCGAAUCGUCCGACCCACACAGCGCACUUUCUGCACGCUUCCUCGCGACGUUGAGAACAACGUCGAGCAGAAAAUCGCUGCACUUCAGUGGAUUAAAGCGACCAACAACCAGGCGUCUGAUGAAAUCAUGGCGCAUACGACCAUGUUCAUGCCGAAGAAGAAUCCCGGCUACCAGGAGAUGCUUCAAAGCGCAUGUGUAGCCGCGGAGAUCUUCAUCGAUACCCCUUGGUACAGUUCUUCUUCCCCGCUCAAGCAGAAAAAGCUGAGCAAAGCUGACCAAUCCGCGGAAGGUGAUGACUUCGUCUUCGUGUCACACCGGCGGUAG